GGAGCCCGAAACAGACAAGUUUGGGUGACUCGAGGAACAGCCCAAGUAAAGAUACAAAGAACCAGUGUAAAAUUUGCACCUCUAAUUCAUGUGUUUAGCCAGGUUACGGAGUAUAGUGUCCAUUAAACAAGAACAAUGCCCUCAGUGACACUGCCGCCUAAGGAGAACGCUCUCUUUAAGAGAAUAUUGAGAUGCUACGAACACAAGCAAUACAGAAAUGGACUGAAGUUCUGCAAACAGAUCCUGUCCAACCCCAAAUUCGCCGAGCAUGGAGAGACCCUGGCUAUGAAGGGCCUGACCUUGAACUGUUUGGGGAAAAAAGAUGAAGCCUACGACCUCGUUAGACGUGGCCUUCGUAACGACCUCAAGAGUCAUGUCUGCUGGCAUGUAUAUGGUCUGCUGCAGCGCUCAGAUAAGAAGUAUGAUGAGGCCAUAAAGUGCUACAGGAACGCACUAAAAUGGGACAAAGACAAUCUGCAGAUCCUCAGAGACCUCUCACUGUUACAGAUCCAGAUGAGAGACCUGGAAGGGUACAGGGAGACUAGGUACCAGCUGCUGCAGUUGAGACCAGCCCAGAGGGCGUCUUGGAUUGGUUAUGCCAUUGCCUAUCACCUCCUGGAGGACUAUGAGAUGGCCGCCAAGAUAGUAGAGGAGUUCCGCAAAACACAACAGACAUCUCCUGAUAAGGUGGAUUAUGAGUACAGCGAGUUAUUACUGUAUCAGAAUCAAGUGUUGAGGGAGGCAGGACUUUUCAAGGAGGCUCUCGACCACCUGACUAGCCACGAGAAGCAGAUCUGUGACAAACUGGCCGUGGAGGAAACCAAAGGAGAGCUCUUUCUGAAGUUGGACAGAUCAGCAGAGGCCGCUGAGGUUUAUCAAAACCUGCUUGAGAGAAAUCCAGAGAACUGGAGUUACUAUCAGGGACUGGAGAGAGCACUGAAACCCGCCAAUGCAGAGGAGAGGCAGCAGAUCUAUGAGGAGGCGUGGGUGAAGUUUCCUAAAGGUCUGGUGCCCAGAAGGCUUCCUCUCAACUUCCUCACAGGUGAGAAGUUUAGGGAAUGUGUGGACCGUUUUCUGAGGAUGAACUUCAGUAAGGGCUGCCCGCCUGUAUUCACCACACUCAAACCUCUCUAUCACGACAAGAAGGUUUCAAUCAUAGAGGACUUAGUGGUGGGUUAUGAAACAACAUUGAGAAGUUGUAGAAUGUUCGACCAGAAUGACGACGGCAAGACGGAGCCACCCACUACUCUGCUCUGGGUUCAGUAUUUUCUCGCCCAACAUUUUGACCAUGUUGGCCAAACAAGCCUGGCCCUGGAAUACAUCAACGCUGCCAUUGAAAGCACACCAACACUCAUCGAACUGUUUGUUGUCAAGGCUAAGAUAUACAAGCAUGCAGGGAAUAUUCGUGAGGCAGCCCGUUGGAUGGAUGAGGCCCAGGCUCUGGACACUGCCGACCGCUUCAUCAACUCCAAAUGCGCCAAGUACCUGCUCAAGGCUGGCAUGGUCAAAGAGGCCGAGGAGAUGUGCUCCAAAUUCACACGGGAGGGCACGUCAGCGGUGGAGAAUCUGAAUGAGAUGCAGUGUAUGUGGUUUCAGACUGAAUGCGCUCUGGCCUAUAAAUCUAUCAACAAGUACGGCGAGGCCCUCAAGAAAUGCCAUGAGAUCGAACGACACUUUGUGGAAAUAACAGAUGACCAGUUUGACUUCCAUACGUACUGCAUGAGGAAGAUGACUCUGCGUUCCUACGUGGACCUGCUGAAGCUGGAGGACGUGUUGCGCAUGCACCCUUUCUACUUCAAGGCUGCCCGCACUGCCAUCCUCAUCUACCUCAGUCUCCAUGACAACCCCCUCACCGACGACAACAAGGAAAAACAGGAUGAUAAUGCCAACCUGUCGGAUAAAGAGCUUAAGAAGUUGCGGAAUAAGCAGCGGCGUGCACAGAAGAAAGCACAGCAGGAGGAAGAGAAGAAAAAUGCAGAGAAAGAAAAACAGCUAAAGAACCAAAAGAAAAGGAAAGAUGAGGACGAAGAAGAGAUUGGGGGAUUUAAGGAAGAGCUCAUACCAGAGAAACUGGCCAGGGUGGAGAAUCCUCUAGAGGAAGCAGUGAAGUUCUUGAACCCCCUGAAGACUCUUGUGAAGAAUAAAAUAGAGACACACCUGUUGGCCUUUGAGAUCUACCUCAGGAAAGAAAAGUAUCUGCUGAUGCUCCAGUCUGUGAAGCGAGCCUACUCCAUCGAUCCCAGCAACCCCUGGCUGCACCAGUGUCUGGUGCGCUUCUUCAAAGGAGUGGAGGAUAAAAAGGCUUUGCCACAGGCCGUGCAGACUGUCCUGAAGCAGGAGAUCACCAGACUGUUUGGAGAAAACGACCCCAAAAUCUUUAACAAGAACUUCCUUAGCAAGCAUGCUAACUCCAUACCCCACAGACUAGCAGCCGCUAAGAUGAUGUUUUACUUGGAGCCUUCAUCUGAGAGCACAGCAGCAGAGCUGGCUACUUCACUGGAUGAGUCCCUCACAGGAAGAACCACAGAGAAUUGCUCUGAGGUUGUGCAGGCCUUGAAGGAUGGCAGUCUGGGCUCUGAGCAGCAGAAGGUUCUAGAAUCUUACCGCGCUUCCUGCCACAGCCUGUACCCCUAUGCCCUGGCCUUCAUGCCGCCUGGUUACCAAGACAACACUGCCGUCACCACAAACGGAGACCUGUCGUCCGGAGACCACGAAGACAUGCCCAACGAGAUGUAAGAGAAGCAAGAAGGCAUCCAGUUUGAGGACAGUCACCACUUGUGUCCUGAUCACAACAGCGACCAGAGCAGGACUGAAGUUUCUGCCAACACGUCAAAGAGAAAGAGAGGAAAGAAAAAACAUGUCUGUUUUAUUUUUGUUUUUCUUUUUUACAAUAUUGACGAUGACUACUCUGGAAAAUUCUUUAAAAAAAAAAAAAGAACAAUAAACGGUGUAUAUAGAGGGGAAAAAAAAAACAAAAAGAGGAGAUGGCUAUGAUGCACUCACUGUUUAUUGCCAUUUUCUUCUGACAAAUGCAUCUGCUUCUCAUGUUUCUAAAGAAUAAUUUAUAUAUAAAAAAUAUUAAAGAAUUUACUAAAAAA